AUGGCGCGCGCCGAGGCAGGCAUGGGGGAGGGGAGGGGCCAGGGGCGGAUCCCGGCGGCCGCGGCUCAGCCCUGCCUGCCGCUGAGCCCUGCCUGCCGCUCUGCCCUGCCUGCCGCUCUGCCCUGCCUGCCGCUCGGCCCUGCCUGCCGCUCGGCCCUGCCUGCCGCUCUGACCUGCCUAGCGCUGUGCCCUGCCUGCCGCUGUGCCCUGCUGCCGCUGUGCCCUGCCUGCCGCUCUGCCCUGCUGCCGCUGUGCCCUGCCUGCCGCUCUGCCCUGCUGCCGCUCUGCCCUGGCUGUCGCUCUGACCUGCCUGCCGCUCUGCCCUGGCUGUCGCUCUGCCCUGCCUGCCGCUCUGCCCUGCUGGCGCUGCGCCCUGCUGCCGCUCUGCCCUGCCUGUCGCUGUGCCCUGCUGCCGCUGCGCCCUGCCUGCCGCUGCGCCCUGCCUGCCGCUCCUGCCGCUGCGCCCUGCCUGCCGCUCUGCCCUGCCUGCCGCUGCGCCCUGCUGCCGCUCUGCCCUGCCUGCCGCUGCGCACUGCCUGCCGCUCUGCCGUGCCUGCCGCUGCGCCCUGCCUGCCGCUGUGCCCUGCCUGCCGCUGUGCCCUGCCUGCCGCUGUGCCCUGCCUGCCGCUCUGCCCUGCCUGCCGCUGCGCCCUGCCUGACGCUCUACCCUGCUGCCGCUGCGCCCUGCCUGCCGCUGCGCUCUGCCUGACGCUGCGCUGUGCCUGCCGCUGUGCCCUGCUGCCACUGUGCCCUGCUGCCGCUCUGCCCUGCCUGUCGCUCUGA